UUCAAUCUCACAAAACAAUUUGCAACAACCACAAGCAAGAAACAAUUUGCAACAACCACAACCAUAUGGCUUCAUUUGACCAAAAGCUAGCCAUGGCUAAGCGCUGCUCUCAUGAAGGAGUAGUUGCAGGAGCUAAAGCUGCAGCUGUGGCCACCAUUGCCACUGCUAUUCCAACUAUUGCAAGUGCCAGAAUGUUGCCAUGGGCUAGAGCUCAUCUUAACCACACAGCCCAAGCUCUCAUCAUCUCUACAGUGGCAGGAUCUGCAUAUUUCAUAGUUGCAGACAAGACCGUUUUGAAAACGGCCAGAAGAAACUCCUUUAACGAUACUCAGAAGUGAAAUAUUAGUGUAUUUGUUUUGGCAUGUACACAUUUCUAGACCAAAAAAGAGCAACUGCCUGUAGUUGCCUUUAUAAUUUCUAUGUAACGUUUGAUAAUGACGAAUAUAUAAAAUGAAAAGUACAUUAGUACUUUUUAUAUGAAAUUUUAAUUGUGUUUA